GCUCCUUGCAGCAGCUGGAUAAACGCUGCACAGGUUCGCUGCUUGGGGUUCGUCUUCCCACAGCGGCAGCGCUCUUCUUGCGGAGCCUGCAGGUGGGCCCUCAGCUCGCUGAGACCAGCGCCCACGCGCUGCGAUCAUAGUGGCGGCAGGCUAGUGGGCGUCACCGGCGGAGGCAAGAGGCGGCGGCAGGCGAGGCUACAGCGAUGUCGUCACAGGCUCCAGGCCUGGGGCAGAAGAUGCGCAUGCUGUGGAAUCACCCGGCGGGGCCCAAAACAAUCCAUUUUUGGGCUCCAACUUUCAAGUGGGGCAUCAGCAUCGCAAACAUCGCAGACAUGCAGCGCCCCGCCGAGCUCGUCUCCUACCCCCAGCAGUGCGCCAUCACUGCCACGGGUCUCAUCUGGUCGCGCUUCAGCACCCAGAUCACGCCGGUCAACUACAACCUGCUGGCGGUCAACGCCUUCAUGGCGGUCACAGGCAUCUACCAGCUGCAGCGCAAGGUGCGCCACGACAUGGCGCAGCGCGAGUGAGCGCCGCGGGCAGGAGGGUCGGGAGUCGUUGCGGCAGGCCCCACCCCAUGCAUGCGGCGGUCCGGCGGGCGCAGCGCUGUGUGCCGGCGGCGACGGCCCUGACGGGCUGGCCGCAGCCGACCGAAGUGCACUUGGCUAUGCCCAAUUACCUGCAUGCAAUUGCCUCUGUGAUCUUGCUUUUGCAAAAGCCUUGCUCCCACCUCCCCAGGCGGGACCCUGUCAGCUUGCGCUGUUCACACAUGUUUGGCCGUGUUUUUUUGUAGUCAGCUGCUGUUUUUGAGAAAGGAAUGGCUCAAAGUAGGCCCGCUCUGCCCAGCAGCAGCCUGCUGCGUAGCCGCUUCUGCCUUUGUCGAGCUGCGGCGCAAAAGGAAGGCGGCGCAUUGCUGCCACAUCUGCGGCUCAAGGAGGGGGAGCGCCCCUGCCGCGACAUCCACAUGUGCACAGCGCAAACAAAAUAGUUCAAACGAUUUGCAAUGUUGAAUUCAAAGAAUC